AUGGCCAGACAAGACCCGCUCCCAGCCUCGUCCAAGUUCUCCUUCAGAUCCGCUUUCACCUCGGCCUCAAAGGCCCACAAGCCUGCCACCGCCGCCCACUCGACCGCACAUCGCCAUGGCUCCCCUGCCAGCAAGAUGGUUGCAGCGACCCCGGCAUCGCCGCCCGAGCCGCUCUCCAAGCAAUCAAAGUUGCCCACCUCGACCGCCUCGCUCCGUCACAAGGCGUCCAGCGUCUCCCAGCUGCAGCCCGCCACCACCCUCGGAAAGAGGACCGGCCAUGCAACUGACCUCGACGCCGGCACAGCCACCCCCUCGUCCUCGACCCCCACAGCAGCCCAACAGGCCACCAUCGGCGCCAACAGCACCAACCAAGCCCCAAGCGUCGCCCAGUUCGGCACCGGCACUCGGACCAAGCUCUCUUCUCUCCGUUCAAAGCUGCCCGGCCCCCCGCCGGCUCGCUUCGGCACAUUCAGCGCAUCAUCGACGAAGCCCAACCCCACAACUGCCGCAUCCCCCUCGACCAAGCUCUCCAAGAUCGCCCGCUCAAACAGCCUCAGAGACGUGCACGGCGCCGCCGCAGCCCAUGCCGCCGCCACCAGGCAGCAGGCGCAGACAUCCACGCGCGCCACUGCCGGCAGUCUGACCACCAGCAGCUCCAACAGCAGCCUGCGCGGCGGCGCCAAUACCAGAUCUGCCACCAUCCCAAAGUCACGCUCCCGCACCGGAUCCACGCUGGUCCUGCACAAUAACGGCGCAGAGACCUCGUCCAAGGCGGCCGACGCAGCUGACACCGGAGUCGUCGCAGGCGCCGAUGGCCUCGGACGAAAACGCGCGCAAAGCGCCUACGGAGGCGCACCGUCGUCGGGAUCGCCUCGCAAAGCGGCCGCGGCGCUCCCGACGCCAGGACCGACGCCGGACCAAGCCGCCACUGCAAGCCCAGACGCAAGGGACGGCCGAUCCGCCGGCGCCUUGACCCAGGUGGGCAACCUUGCAGCCACUGCCGGGGCCAGCCGCCUGGGCCGUGUGCCAUCGCAGAGGCGGCCAAGCAGUGUCGACCUCGGGAAGCCUCCGAGCACGCAUUCCAGACGGGCCUCGAUUGACCAGACUGUGCUGCAGUCGAGCGGGAUCCAGGGCGCUCCGCAGAGCACCGACAAGGAGAAUCUGGCUUCCGCUGGCCGUGCCAAGGCCGGCGUCGGACCACCACCGACGCCCCUCGGGUUGGCGCAGAGGUCCAUCGCCAAGGGUCCAUCCUCCCUUGCGCUGCGCGGCAAGAGAUCCAGUCUACCUGUCGCCACCACUCUCCUGGGAGCAGUGCAGACCAAGGAGCAUGACGUGCAGCAGCCCACGUCUAUCGCUACCGCUGGAGUCAACGCAGAUCCCCCGACAGCGACGUACAUGACGAGAGAACCGCCAGCAAGAGCCUUGGACGGCAGCGGCACCUCGCGCAGUUCCACCAUUGACAAAGCGGACCUCGGCAUUGCGAAUUCGGUGUUGAAGGCCCAUCCCAUCACCCAUCCGACCGUGCUGGCCAUGCGCCACAAAGCGUCCUACCAGCCCAUCGACACCCCACAGGCGCUGAUCAAGGGCAAGAAGCGUCUCAGCGGCGUCUUGGUCCACCCGCUAGACCUCGGCAGCGCUUCCAGAUCCGCUGGCAAGAGCGGUUGGGCGGAGGCAACAGCGCCGGUCAAACCGUUCACGGCUCUCCCAGUCAAGUCGGGUCUCCCGCCGCGCAUCACUGCACCCGGCGUCACCGCCACCGCCACGCCACCAACUUCUCCGACAAAGAGCCACGCGCGGUCCGGCCUCACCUUCCCGACGAGGAGCAGCCCGCCGACUGACGCUCUUGCAAUGGCCAAGCAGCAGCAGCAGCAACUUGCUCGAUCGUCCGGGAAGCCCAAUGGUCGCGCGUUGUCGAGCGCCGAAAUUGAUGCAGACCUGCUGGCCAGCCUGCAAGCGGUGGCGCGCAAAGCCAACCUCAAUAUGCGCGAGGUCGAGACGAUGCUGGCGGCCGACAAGCUGCAGCGCGAGCAGCCCGGUCCGGCGUCGACCAUGCCCGAUACUCGCGACAGCCCUGCUCGCUCCUCCGACGCCGAUGUCGAUCAAGGAAGGCUCCGCGGCGCCCACACGCCAAGCCUCAGUCAGAUGUCGCUGUCUGCGAUCGGUAGGAGUGGAAGGCUGCGGUACGGUCGCCAUGGUCCGGCCAAGGCUUCUGAGGAGGACGCAACGCUCGAAAACAUUGGCGACCAGAGCCUCGACUUUCGCGCCAUCGGCUCGUCGCCAUUGGGCGGCGAGUCGCCUCUUCUUCGUUCGUCCGAUGCCCUCAGCCCUGAGCGAGGCAAUGACGCCGAUGACGUGCUUCAAGACGAGCUGGCACUGGGUUCGACGUCACCAUCGCUGAAUCGAGCAAGGCAAGCCGAUACCGGUACCGACACCCGCAACUUACCGGAGCGGAAUUCGGCGCGGGACGCUUCUCGUCAGGCGCUGCGGGAGAGCAUCGGUCUUGAGACGAUGCUGGGCCUGCGCACGUCGGACAGCCAACAUGAGUCGCUGCUGGGCAUGGAGCUGGUCUCGGCCUCGCACUCAAACAAUGGACUCUCGAAGCGGGGAUCGAGUCUGAUGCUGAUGGACGAGAGCUUCGUCGAGGAGCUGGCGGAAACGGCAGAGGAUCUCGGUCUCGACCAGAGCGUAGUCUCGGCGUCGCAUGCACUUCUGCGAGGUGACCAGGCAGCAACACUGGCGAUCGGGGGAGAGGCAGAGGUGGAGACGGGACAGCCGGUGCACGAGGUGGAUGGAGCGUCGGCGAGAAUGCGGGAGGUGGAAGACAGGCACGCUCGGCAAGUCGCUGCGCUCGAAGCCCAACUGGCUGAGCUAACAUCGCAGCUCGCACUGGCCGAAUCAGCAGCGGUAGCGACGGCGAUGGUGACGGCGACGGCGGAGGAGCGGUAUCACGACGACGACGCGGGGCGCACAGAGGCCGAACAACUGCGGCAAGACCUCGACUCUGCGCUGGCGUCGGUGUCGGGCAGGGAGCAAGCUUGCCGACGACUUGAGGAGGCCAACGGGCUCCUCGACGCUCAAGUGCGCAACGCGGGGUGCGACGAGGCGAGGCGGCAGUGGGGCGCCAUCAAGAAGCUUGGGCUGGUCGAGCUGCAGGACAUCCGGGGGCAGCAAGAUGCAUGCAUCUUUUGGUCGGCGCAGCUGGACCUGUGGCAGGCCAUGGUGGUCCGGGCUGCGCAGCGAGACGCUUUGGGCUUGGCAUUGGGGCCCUAG